AUGGCGGCUGUUCCUCAAAAAAAUGUAUACCUAAUGCAGGCAACCGAUGUGGAUUUUGCAGCACAAGGAUGUGGAUGCUUUUCGAGUACUUUCUGUUUGUUCAAUAGUGACAUUGAUCGAGUUCAUUUUUUGCCGAAUAUACGAGAAGAGAAGGAUUCUUGGUUGGUGAAACAAGUUAAGAAAUUAAGGGGGGUGUCUGAAUUAGUAGCUGGUCCUAAAUGGAAGAACUUCAUUAGGAAAAUUGGUGCUUACUUUAAUAACAACAACAAAAUUAGGAAUGAUUUUCAAUAUGAUUCCUUCAAUUAUACACUUAAUUUUGAUGAUGGUAUCCACCAUGAUGAUCAUCAAGAUGGCGUUAAUCUUGGGUUUUCAUCCAGGUUUGCUCCUCCAGUACUUCUCAAUAAUGAUAAGGGCGCUACAUCAUAUUCUUAA